AUGAAUAAUACUUUUAAUAAUACUUCUAAUAAUAAUACUCUCAACAACACUUCCAAUACUUCUAAUAAUGCUUCUAACAAUGAUACUCCUAAUAAUACUUCUAAUAAUAUAUCUAUUGAAAACACUUCUAAUAAUGCUUCUAAUGCUUCUAAUAAUAUGUCAAACGCUUCUAAUAAUACUUUUACUGCUUCAAUUAAUAACACUUCUAAUAAAAACUUAUCUUCUAACAACAAUUUAUUUUCUAACAACAAUUUACCUCCUAACAACAAUUUACAUUCUAACAACAAUUUACCUCCUAUCAAUACUUUAUCACCAAUUAAAUUUAAAAAAAAAAUGCUUAAUAGAAGAUAA